AUGUCUUCCGAGAACCCACCUAACCAUCAAGGAAUGGUCAUCAGAGUUGAAGAGCGCACUGUCAUAACUUGGAUUCGGAAUGUACGCAGUAAAAGUCCAAACGACUAUCACAAUGGCAAUCUUCAAUACCCGAGUUCUGCCUUAAAAACCCCCGAUGAUGAGGCUCUCCGCAAACCAGAUUUUAGCUCUCAACAAGAUGAUGAGCUGAGUCUUUACUUGAAACAGUUGCAAUCGUUGCUUAAAGGCAAAAAGUCGACCUGA